CUAAAGUUCAUGCCAAGAACCACUGUGCCAGCUCAAGGGACGUCUUUAUGGAGAAAGCACCUUCAAGACUGGAAAAGUGAGUGUCGCAGCGAAUGGGCUGGAACUGCAGUUUCUGAAAUAUUGCUCACAAGACUCAAGAGUGCAAAGGAGUCGACUGCAUUUCAGUGUGGUCAACACAACUAAGGGGCCGGUUGAGCGGGUGUCAACGCAAGGAGUGUUCCACAUGACAGACCCCAACAAGAUGAUCAUCAACCUGGCCCUCUUCGGCACGACUCAGAGUGGGAAAAGUUCUGCCGGGAACGUGCUGCUGGGCAGCCUUGACUUCCCUAGCAGGUUUGCUCCAGGUUCUGUGACCAGCGAGUGCAGCCUGGGCCGCAGCUGUCACCUUCGCAGCUUCAUGCGUCGAAGGGGACAAGAGAUCACCCUGCAGGUGCAGGUGCUGGACACGCCAGGGUACCCGCACAGCAGGAUGAGCAGGAUGCAUGUGAAGCAGCAGGUCAAGGAGGCCCUGGAGCAUCACUUUGGGCAAGAAGGUCUCCACCUAGCGCUACUGGUCCAGAGAGUGGACGUGCCUUUCCGCGCACAGGAAGCAUCCUACCCAGUCGAGAUGAUCCAGGAACUUCUGGGACAUGCUUGGAAGAAUUAUACUGCCAUUCUUUUUACCCAUGCAGAAAAAAUACAGGAGGCUGGGUCCAACGAAGAUGAGUACUUACGUGGGGCCUCUGAAACAUUGCUAACCCUGCUCAAUACUAUUCAACACAGAUACGUCUUCCAGUAUAAAACAGCAAACUCACUCAACGAACAAAGAAUGACAAUCUUAGAAAGAAUCAUGGCAAUUAUAAAAGAAAAUCAUUACAACGUUCUGACCUUCAAGUAAAAUUUAGGUGAAAGGAAACGAACACUGGGUAUUGAAGCCAGAGACCUGGUUUCAGAAAUCACCUUUGUUAGCACGAUUACGGCCCGUAAGACUUCCCAUGUGCUGCCGGUGAGAGUAGACACUGGUAUAAUCCCUCUGGAAACUGGAAGUUACAAAGAACACCAAGAGGCCAGCCCCUUAACCUAGUGGUUAAGGGAGUUGGAUCCCACAUGGCUGACUGCAGCUUGAAUGCUGGCCUCUGUGGUUGAAAAACACUGGGCUCCAGUGUGUGCAUGUCCAGUAUCCGGACAGGAUGGAGAAACAGAGGAACAGUGGCAUGAUGCCCCAUUGAGACACAUUCCUUUCUCUCUGUCUCUCUCUGAUAAGUACAAGUACCCCUCUGGCAGUUUAAAAAAUAAAUAAAUAAAAGUUAAAAAAAAAAAAAAAGGAUUCAAGAUUCUAAUGCAAAUACCCAUGACACAGCAACUAUCCUAAGUGUAUUUCCAAUCUUAAUGGGCACACUUGGGCACUAAAAGACAUGUAUGUACAAGAAUGUUCACCACAGCAGGACCAGCCACAAUCGCUAGAAACUGGAGACUAUUAACAUGCCUGAAACUAGUACAAUGGUUAAGCUGCAGUAUGUUUAUG